UAAAAAUUAGUCUUAAAAUGAUGCUGGCGCGUACAAUUUUUGUGUUGUCCUUGACUUCAAUUUUUUUUACUUUUAACCUUGGGGUUGAAGGUACGGUGUGUGUGGAUCAGUUUGAUCCGAAAGAUGCGGGUGUUUGCCACAAGGGUGUAAAUAAUGGAGAUUCAGACAAAUGUAAAUCUACAAACGCUCACCUUCAAAGCGAUAUAAACAAUAUUCGGUCAUGGUUCAGAAGGUUAGGCCGCACUCUUGGCAUUGUACCUAGACAAACCAUUGAAAUGGACCAGUCAAUUGUGCAGACCACGGAAGGAAAAUUAAGGGGAUGUAUUAGACACACUUUUGAUGGUGAAGAGUUUUAUGGCUUCCUUGGAAUUCCUUACAUUAAACCAGCUUUAGGAGACCUACGAUUUAAGGCUCCACAACCUCCAGAACCUUGGACCGGUAUUAGAGAUGCAACAAAAGUGGGCAGUCCAGUUUUCCACAAAGAAACUUUUACUAAAUCUUUUCUUGGUGGCGAGGAUGGGGUCAAUCUUAAUGUAUAUACUAAGAAGCCCAUUCCACAAGGUUCAAAGCUUAAUCCAGUUAUGGUUUACAUUCACGGCGGUGGUUACGUUGAAGGCCGUAAUGGUCCCGACAUGUUCGGACCUGAGUAUCUUCUCACCGAAGACGUAGUUUUGGUUGUCAUCAACUACAGAUUGGGCAUUCUUGGAUUUUUGUCCCUCGAAGAUCCUUCCUUAAAAAUAUACGGCAACGCUGGACUUAAAGACCAAGUGGCAGCACUCAAAUGGGUCAAGAGGAAUAUUAAAAACUUUGGUGGUGAUCCUGAUAACGUUACGAUUUUUGGGCAAAGUGCUGGAGCUGCCGCUGUUGAGUAUUUAGUAGCUUCUCCUGCAGCUAAAGGACUUUUCCAUAGGGCCAUUUUUCAGAGCGGUUCAGUCGGUAGCUUCUGGGCUUCUGGACAAAGAUUUUCAAAGGGCCUUUUGCAAUUUUUGGAAAAAGGCAACCUGUCAGACACACAAGCUUUAGAAUAUUUUAAAAGUUUGUCUGUUAGAGAAUUGUACGACAUUAUGACUAAGUACACCAAGAGUGUUCCAUCACGAACUUUAGGGCUUCUUGGUCCGAUAGAAGAAAUUCCAAAUGAUACAGCCUUUAUCACUAAACAUCCACUGCAGCAUAUUAUUUCUGGAGAUUAUAACAAAGUUCCUAUAAUGAUGGGGUACACUUCAAAUGAGGUGAUCUGUCUCAGCUCUGAACUUAUGGAAGAUCAAGGCAAAGCUUUCGUAGACAAUUUCGAUAUCGAGUUCAUUUUGAACGCUAUGAUAGGAAUUGAAAAAGGCAGCGAGACAUCUAAAAAGUACGUACAACGGAUACAAGAGAUUUAUAAGAUGCCGAAUGGUGAAAUCAACAAGUACUUAGUAUUAUCAGAUCUCUUCUUUGUAACAGGUGCCGUUGGUUGUGCCAAACAUCACGCAGCUACGUCUGGUAAACCAGUUUAUUUGUACAGAAUGUCUUUAGAUGCUGGCCUAAAUAUGUUUAAAAGAUUAGCCCAUCUUGACGAUUUACCAGGAGUAAGCCACUUUGACGAUAUUGGAUACAUAUUUAAAAACGCGGGUUUCCCUUCACCAAAGAACGGUACCAUCGAGGAGAUUUCUGUCAGAAGGUUUGUAAAGCUGUGGACCAACUUUGCAAAAUAUGGAAAUCCCACACCAAAAGAAAGUGAAUUGGGAAUUAUCUGGAAACCAUUGGAACCUAAGCAGGACUAUCUGUUUGAUAUAGAUAGGCAACUUUCUUUAUUGACCGAAAUAGAACCUGAGAGAAUGAAGUUAUGGCGUGAAAUCUUUCAGUUGAAUCCUAUGUUGAAAAAUUUGUUGUAAAUUUUGCAUUUGUGUUUCACUAUUAUUUUUAAAGUUUAUUAAAAUGCUUGUUCAGUUGAA